GAUAUAUUUUAGAGGGCAGCACUUAUAUCAGACCUCAGUUACCGCCCGUGCCCGGGCUGAAUCGGACGUGUGUGGGGGUGUGAUGAUUUUAUUUUAAACGGGACGAAAUCGCACCAAAAUCACAAAACGCGUACCAAACAAUUUGUAAAUGUUUACGAAAUGAAUAAAAAAAUGAAAAUAAGAUGUUAAUAACGUUAUAAAUGGUACGUAUAGUGUUAAAUACGUUGCCUAAAUCCCGGACUAUCGUGAACAAGGAUAAGAGGGAGAGGGUCGCUCGGAAAAAGGAUAGGCAGAUCCGCGAAACGUUUUCAUGUCAUAAUUAAAAUUGUAAUUGAAAAUCCGUUUUUUUUAAAUCGCGUUCCAUUUUUGAAAAAUCGUUACCUUAUAAAUUUGUGGCCAGUGUGUUUCUGUUUGAAAACGUUGUGCUAAAUAAGGCCCUUCAUAUAUCCUGCCAUCCGACGUUAGAAAGAACUCACUGAAGAUUAAAAAAUAAGUGUCAAUUUCAAAAAUGUGUUGACCUAAGAUAAAAAAUAAUUGCCAAAGUGACAUGUGUGAGUAAUAAAAAAAAGUGAAUAAUGGCAACACCGCCGGAGUCUCCUGUCGAGGAGCACGCGUAUGAACUAGAACCUAAUAGGACCCCAAAACCGAUCCCAGUAGCUUUGGAAGAACUAUGCAGACAGACGAAGUUUUCGAAACAGGAAAUCAGAGUUAUGUAUCGGGGUUUCAAAACGGAAUGUCCGGAGGGCGUGGUGCACGAAGACUCCUUCAAAGACAUCUACGCUAAGUUCUUCCCACACGGCAAUUCAGCGUUGUACGCGCACUAUGUGUUCAAAGCCUUCGAUGUCAACUGCAGUGGCGCCAUCAGCUUCAGGGAGUUGCUCGUGACCCUAUCGACUCUUCUCCGCGGCUCAGUCUACGAGCGUCUCCGUUGGGCCUUCCGUUUGUACGACGUGGACGGUGACGGUGCCAUCACGAGGCAAGAGCUAGCUGAGGUGGUGGUGGCAGUUCACGAACUGUUGGGGAGACGGGCGCCUCCUGGGUCACCGGCUGCCAGGCUCGACGAUGCGAAGGCUAAUGAACAGGUGGACCGCGUGUUCAGGAAGCUGGACCUGAACCAGGACGGCGUUAUAACAAUCGAGGAGUUCCUGGAGUCAUGCCUGAAGGACGAUGUGAUCACACGCUCUCUUCAGAUGUUCGACACGGUGCUAUGACGGCAGACUGACGCGGCGCACGAGCGCGAAACCAGUGUCCUCUUAGGGUCGUCAUAAAACGGACGUCGUACCACACAUGUCAGUGUCACGGGCUGUACAACAUGGCGGCGGAGUGGGUUUCCCGCGCGAAUUACGCGCGCUAUAUCGCAUCCUUCGAGAACUUCUACCGGCGCAUUGUAAAGCCGAGGAUCAGGAGCGUUCUCUUUUUCCAUUUCUAGAUUGUCUGUGUUGGAUCUUGUUGGAAGUAAAAAAAAGUAUUGUCGUUGUAACUUUUUUUUCUUUUUUUUUCUUUUAAAGAAGAAAACCUAUUUUCUGUGUUGGAUCUUGUUGGAAAUAAUUUUUUUUUUUUGUUAUUCUUUGUGUUUUUUUUUCUAGAUUAUCUGUAUUAAGUCCUGUUUGAAGUAAUUUUUUAAAUUAUUAAUUACGUUCACUUUUUCCAUGUUGUAGUUUAUUUGUGUUGAUUCUUGUUGGAAUUAAAAAAGUGGUUGUAUUUUUUUAUUAUACUGUGUGUA